AUGAAGACCCUUAAAAAAGGUUUUAAUACAAAGUCUAUCAUCACAAGGCAGUACGAUUUACGCCAGACACUGGGCAAAUGCGACAGCGAAAGCAAGAGAACUUUCAGGGACCCAAAGGAAGGGCCGAGGGCAGGCCUUCCUCGACCCAAAAACCGGCACGAAACCAACACGCACGUGCUAUUCACGUGA